UUUAGUGUGUGCGUUGACUUCUGAUGUGAUGUCAUUAUAAUGUAUAUAUUAUGUAAUCCGUGUCUGUGGUGUCCUAAAUAAUAAAUGUUUCUUUCUUUCUAUCAAUCAUUAAAAUAAUCGUAGGUACACCUCCAAUACUUACUACGUACCUAUAGUAAAUCUACAAGUUAUCUGAUGAUGACUCGUUUCCCUGCUCACCCCGAUAGGGAUUACAGGCGUGAGGUUUGUAUGUAAAUAAUUAUAUGAAAUAUUAAAUCUUAUUAUUUUAUAAUAGUGAAAAACAAAUCAAGGAAAACUGUUAUCGCCUCACUGUAAACAAUAGUAAUCAAUAACUUAUAUAUAUGUGACGAGUUUUGUAAUUAGACCUCGGUUUCUGAUUAUAUACCAAUUAACCGCUCGUUACGAAUCCCUCAUUUUAUAGUGACUUCAUUGUCGUCAUCGUGAUUAACAUGGUUGACGUGAAUACCCGUAAGGCGACAAGUUAGUGCUGUCGCUUUUGUUAUUUGUUAUUUCAUCAUACUCAGUUAUUUUAACACAAAUUCUACAAGUAGUCACACGUGGUUUUGUGCCGAAGUUUUGCUCUGCUAACCUUGACUACGGACGCUACUUUGUGUGAGUAAAGUUCAUUCACAAUUGUAAACAUGAACAUCUAGAUAAAAAACGCAGCAUUGCAGUGAAUAAGAUUUAACUUAUAAUUUACAUACGUGGAAAGUUGUGUUAUAGAUCUUGGGAGUCUGGGGAAGGAGAGGGCUCAUGAUAUCUGGCAGGACCUGGACGAUGGGUUUGGCGCGAUACACUUAAAUGUGACCAUGUGUGCCAUAAGGAAUACUGAGGAAGUUUCAAAUGUCCCAAGUGUCGAUGAAGUUGAGGAGAAAUUCACAUUUUUGGAUUUCAACGACUGGCAGAUAGCGGGGAAGUUGCAAGUGAAGGUGCUGGGCGCGAGGGGGCUCCAUGGUAAGCCCAACGCGUACUGCACGCUCGAAUUGAACAACGAGAGGGUCCAGACUCCCAGUGUGAAGGCUAGCCCCGAACCGACAUGGAAGAAAUAUUACAUUUUCAACGUUCGCGAUGUAACGAGCACACUAGAGGUCAAUGUGUAUGACUAUUCACUAGUCAGCUCAAUGGGCCUAUGGACGGACCACCUGGGCAAGGUUUCGAUCCCACUGCUCAGGAUACGCAACGGGGAGAUGAGGUGGUACGCUUUAAAGGACAAGAAUAACAGAAGCACAGCCAAAGGAAACUGCCCUAGAGUUCUAUUGGAAAUGUCCUUGGUUUUUAAUCCGGUGAAGGCUUCUUUGAGAUUGUUUCGUCCGGUGGAAAUAAAGUACAUAAGCAAGAAACCACCCAAAUUCCACAUGAAUCUCGUCUAUGGAAAUCUUAUAUUCAUACGGGAUACAUUUAACUUUCUUUACGGAUUGAAUGAAGGUAUUAAGCGCUCGUUUGAGUGGGAGAACAGAGAACUAUCUACCAUGGCUCUUCUGGGGUGGUUGUUGUUCUGGUACUUCAUGAGACUGUGGACGACUCCUUUAUUGCUUCUCAUUCCUUUCAUGUACUUUUGGAUCAAUAGGGACAACCAACAUGAAAGAUGUUUUAUGCGGCAAUAUAGUAAAGACUUAAUUGAAACGGGGCAAAAUAACGAUGAAAAAGUAGGAACGAAUAGUUUGACUAGUAAGCUCCAGGCUUUGCCUGAAUUAACUAUAACAAUCACAAGUGGUAUCGAAUACUUAGCGUCAAUUGCUGAAAGAUUGUACAACCUCUUGAGUUUCAAAGUGCCAUUCCUGAGUUAUUUGACAAUGAUAAUUCUCGUAAUGGCCUCAGCAGUCUUAUAUUGGAUUCCAUUCAAUUUUCUCAUGAUGGCUUUGGGCGUUUACAAAUAUACGAGAAAGUUCUUGGAUCCUGAGAGGAUACUAAACAACGACUUAUUGGAUUUCAUAUCGCGGAUUCCAGAUAAUGAAAUACUGAAAGAUUGGGAGGAACUAAGUGUACCAGAGCCACCUAUAACCAAACAUUCGUCGCUUGCUUCAACUAGAACGAGCAGCAAUAAUUUCUGAUGAAAUUUGCCAUUUGGUAAAUCAUAGAAAACGAGCCCGAAUUCACUCUGCAGAAGGGAGAUAAUGCGAAUAGUGGGACAAGUCCUAAACCAUGUUUUGUCUGGUGUUAUAAAGCUGUUACUUAAAUAAAGAGAGUGAACCCUGA